CAGUGUGAGGCUAGAGAAAGGGGGUGACGGGGGUACGGCCCAGGCCGAGCGAGCAGCGGCCUCUGCCCGCAGAAGAGAUUUCAGUUGCUUGGUCUGGAGAAUUCUUCUUGGCAGCAAAGAAGAAUUAAACCAAAGCAUCGUCAUGUCUACUGCUACCCAGGAAGAUAUAUGCAAUCAUGUGAGAGUGGUAGUCCGUGUCCGUCCACAGAAUCAAAAAGAAAAAGAAGGCAACUUUAGCAAAGUGCUUCAUGUUGUAGACAAGCACAUGCUGGUCUUUGAUCCAAAAGAAGAGGAAGUUAGCUUCUUUCAUGGGAAGAAAAUAGCAUAUAGGGAUAUUAACAAGAGGAAAAACAAGGAUCUCAAAUUUGUAUUUGAUGCUGUUUUUGAUGAAAAUUCAUCUCAAUUAGAAGUUUUUGAACACACUACCAAAACUGUGCUUGAUGGCUUUUUAAAUGGAUACAAUUGUACAGUGCUUGCAUAUGGCGCAACAGGAGCGGGAAAGACCUACACGAUGCUGGGCUCACCUAAAGAACCCGGAGUGAUGUAUCUAACCAUGAUGGACCUUUACAAUUGCAUGGAUCAAAUGAAAGAAGAGAAACUGUGUACUGUUGCAGUUUCAUAUCUAGAAGUCUACAAUGAACAGAUCCGUGACCUGCUAGUAAAUUCAGGACCACUGGCUGUCCGUGAAGAUAACCAGAAAGGGGUGGUAGUUCAAGGAUUAACAUUACAUCAGCCUAAAUGUGCAGAGGAGAUCCUUCAGAUGUUGGAUUAUGGAAACAAAAAUAGAACACAGCACCCCACUGAUAUGAAUGCCUCAUCUUCUCGGUCCCAUGCGGUCUUUCAGAUUUAUUUAAGGCAGCAAGAUAAAACAGCAAGUAUCAGUCAAAAUGUUCGUAUUGCCAAAAUGUCCCUCAUUGACCUGGCAGGGUCUGAACGUGCCAGUGCUACAAAUUCCAAAGGAGCUCGUUUUAGAGAAGGGACCAACAUUAACCGUUCACUGCUAGCUCUUGGAAACGUCAUUAAUGCCUUGGCGGAUCCAAAGAGCAAGAAACACAUUCCUUAUCGUAACAGCAAGCUUACUCGUUUACUGAAAGAUUCUCUUGGAGGGAAUUGUCGGACAAUAAUGAUAGCUGCUGUUAGUCCUUCUUCUAUGUUCUAUGAUGACACUUACAACACUCUUAAGUAUGCAAACCGAGCAAAAGAUAUUAAAUCUUCUUUGAAAAGCAAUGUUGUUAGUCUGGACAGUCAUAUAAGUCAAUAUGUUAAGAUUUGCAAUGAACAAAAGAAAGAGAUCAUAGUGCUGAAAGAGAAGCUGAGAGCAUAUGAAGAAGAAAAGGCAGCCAUUCCUGAAAACCAUGGUACAAGUGUUCUUUCAAACCAGCAGCAAGCAGAAAUACAAAGUUUAAGUGCUGGACGGGAGCUAGUUCUUCAGCAAAAACAAGUAGCAACAAGAUUUCGAGAAAUUCUAAAAAGUUUGUUUAUAAACCGGGAGGAAAUCAGAAAGGAAUACCUCAAGCUGGAAAUGCGGUUUAAAGAGAACAUUUUGAAAACACAUUACCAGAAACAAUUCCAUGAACAAAUUGAGUUGAUGUGCUCUGAAGAGAGAGUAGAAAAGGCCACUUGUAAACGGGAUCAUAGGCUCGCAAUGCUUAAAACUCGUCGUUUGCAUGUGCAGAAGAAGAAAGAAGAGGAGAUGAAACACUUUGAGGAGAAUACUAAUUGGCUGCAUCGUGUGGAAAAUGAAAUGCGUCUCCUGGGACAAGAUGGACAUAUUCCACAGGUGCUCCGUAAAGAUCUUCACUGCUUCCAUUUAAAACUUGAGGUCAAGGAUCUGAAAAUGCAGAUUGAACACAUGAUGUCUCUAGUAUCAUUUCAAGAGCAGCAACAUAAGCAAACUGAAAAAGUACUAAAUGCUUUGCUUCCAGUUCUAAGAAAACAGUACUUCACCUUAAAAGAAGCUGGGCUGGCAAAUGCUGUCAUUGAGGCUAACUUCAAGAAGGUUGAACAGCUGAUUCAGAGACCAAAAACAGUAGUUUGGGCUGACCAACCUGUUGAAGAGGAACCUAAACAAAAUGAUCAACCAGAGAUGUCUGUUAUCCUGGCAUUUCCACAACUUGCAAGCAAUCCAAAUACACCUUGCCGUACACCUUCAGGAGUGCCUUCAGAAGAAAUCAAGAAAAAUGCGCAACAUAUAAGCGAAUGUGCAGUCCCUCCACAAAAAAGAACAAGGCGGAAGCUCAUGAACUCUCCAGCAACAGCACAAAGUCCUGAAGCUUCUGAACAGUCUAGCCUUAGUUGCCUGGAGGAUUCCCUCAGCAAGGAGGUCCGUCCUAUUGUAUACACACCAGAAGUUUGCAGAAAAUCUAUGCCAAUCUUUUGUACACAGACUGUGGUAAAGCAACCAUUACAAGUAGCAAGCCUUCCCGAAGUUAACAAUUGUAAUGUAGACAUUCAUUUCCCUUUGAAAGAAGAGUGUGACAUGGACUUCACAUAUAACAUGAUACCAGAAUGUGAACAGACAGACAUGAACUCAACAGUGACUCUGUACGAAGGUACAAGUAACACAAAUGACCCUUCUGCUGACUUGUCUGAAAAGGAGUCACACCUGUGCAGCAACAGCAGUGUUUUACAAAGACUUGGUCUCCCAUCAUUGCUGAACAGAAAUCCUGGUCCAAUACAUGAGCAGCCUUCUUAUAUGGCAAUGACUUCUGCUGCUGAGAGAAAAAGGAAGUUAUUAAGUUCUGUGCCAAACAGUGGAUUAAGUAGCCUGCAAAAUCCUGUGUCUGCAAAGCGUAUUCGACAGGAUAUCUUGUUAAGUCAUAAACCUUUAAGAGUGCCCAAAAAAGCAGGAAUUGGAACAAGAAGCCGGAAACAAGAACCAAAUAUGCAGAGGAACCUUGUUAGAAGUCUUUCUGAAGGAAAUGUAACGUUGGGUCUGAAAUCAAGGACAUCAACAAAUCUUUUAAUUCGUGUUUCUAAGAAAAAGUAAGAUUUAGAUGUGAUGCUCAUCAUUUCAGGCAGGAUUGCAAGCGUUCAAGUAAAGGAUUGACUUUGAUUUUUCCCUGCUGCAGUAUUUCUUGUCUGAGACUUAUCAGCCCAUGUCUGCCACUGUAAUGCACGAUUCUAGAAUGACCACUUACCUUUCCAAUGUGAAUUUCAUUGAAAUAUAUCUUUACAAUUUAAAUUUUACAAAACUUUUUAAUGGGUUUCUGGCUUCCCAUAAACACAUACAGACUUUUACUAAUGUGUUUUAGCAUGAAAAUAGAAACAAGUCAUUGGGCUAGGGGGUGGAGGUUGACGAUUGUGAUGUCCACUUAUUUUAUAGUGCUGUUUCUAUAACCCAUGCAAGCAUAAUAAUAAAUUACUGCCUCGCAGUACUCAAACUCUUCAGGAACCAGUGGUGACAGCUUUUUUAAGAAAUCCCUUUUUAAUGUCACUUACAAAUUCUCAGUCUUUAUUAUGAUACACCAAAUGUUUAAGUAAUUAGAACAUUGAGUUUAUUGCUUUUAUGUUUUCACUGAAAUUUUCUACUAUUAAACUUACGUUUUUCAUUUACAAAUAAAUGAACCAGCCCCUUAUAUUAAUAUAUCCAUGCUUUAGGCAUUGGGAUGUCAAUUUGUUCUAAAAUAUAAAUGUGGUGAUGUAGGGUGAUAGCACCAACAUGAUACCAGAAGACAGGAAAAGAGUUUACUAGAAAUUUUUAAAAAUGGUAGCUGUAAUAUUUUGAGCUCAGACUUUUAACCUGACCAUUUUUAACCUGUUGUUUAACCUAAUUGCUUGAACAACUUAAAUGUAAAUGCUCCUCUGUAUUUUGAUGUUUUAUAGUUUUCAAAACUCUUAAUUUUAUU